AAAGUGGUAAGAAAGUGAGACUGACAAGCUGGCAGGCAGAGAGAUGCUUAUAACUAUCAUUUACCCGCACGCGCGGCACCUUCCCCCCUUUGAAUCUCCUCUCUCUUUUUCUCCCCUUUUUUUCUUCAUUUUCCAGUCCAAAUCCAAGCGUGUAAACGUGUUGUCCCUCUCUCUGUCUCUAUGCUCACUCACUCACUCUCUGUUCUUGCAUUUUUAUUCAUUACCGUACACAAAACAAGCUCACAUUUCCACACAAAGCAACAACAGCACACCCACAACACUCCAUGUUCUGCAACUCCUUCACAUGUUGUGCAGCUUUUGACAUUCCCUUAACAGACACUCACUCCUUAAACUAAUCCUCUCCCGUCGGCUGCCUUCCUCUUAUAAAACCCUUAUGCACAUUGGGUGUUUGUUGAAAUGUCCAAGAGAGAUAAUAUGUCCAAGUCUCAUAGAAGAAGAACCCCUUCUUUCUCCUCCUCUCUUCUCGACUCCAUCUACCGUUCCAUCGAUGGCGAAUCCAAUGGCCAAGUAGAAGAAGGAGACCGGGAAUUCAGUACCCUUUGUAGAGAAAAAAUUACAGUGAAGAAGGCUAGUGCAAUCUGCGCUGAAGAUAGAAAAAGAUCGAAUCUUGGACGGGCUAUUAUGAUCGAGAGUUGGAUGGAGAAGAGGAGUACUAAUUGUGGUUCUGUUGUAUAUAAUUAUGCCUCCAGCUCUUCAGAUUCUAGCUCUGGAGGAGGUGUGCUCUCGUCUAGCGAAGCCGGGUCGAGUUAUUGUCAGCGAAAAUCAAGAUCAUCGUCUUCAUCCGCACAAAGAAUGCAAAUUGAGAACAGAAUGAAUGGAGAUAAUAAGCAGACAAAGCAGCAGCAUGAAGGCGGAGGAGGGUUCACGAAGACUAAACUGAGAGCAUUGAAAAUCUAUGGUGAAUUGAAGAAAGUAAAGCAGCCCAUAUCACCAGGAGGUCGGAUAUCGAGUUUCUUGCAUUCGAUUUUCAAUUCGGGGAGUGCAAAGAAGGUGAAGAUGUGUUCUGUUGAAGCAGCAAUGGAGGAUGUGGGUUUCGACGAUGAUCAUUGUAAGCCAAAAUCCACAUGUUCAUCGACCACUUCAUUUUCGAGGUCUUGCUUGAGCAAGACGCCAUCUAAAUUAAGUGGUAACGGCACGAAGAGAUCGGUCAGAUUCUACCCUGUGAGUGUCAUUGUGGGUGAGGAUUGUAGGCCUUGUGGUCACAAAUGUAUCUAUGAAGAUGAUCCAAGUUUGAUGCCAAAGAUUGUUAAAAGUUCUGCAGUGAAAGAAGAGAUUCUCACGAAGGGAAGGGAUUACUUGACAAGUUAUCAGAAGAAAACUGUGAAUGAACUUGAUUUGAGAAGAUUUGACAACUACAUUGAAGAUGAAGAAGAAGAAGAUGAUGAUGAUGAUGAUGCCGAGAGCUGUUCGAGUUCUGAUCUGUUUGAGCUUGAUCAUCUAAUUGGGAUUGGUAGGUACAGAGAAGAGCUUCCAGUGUAUGAAACUACUAAUUUGAAAACUAAUCAAGCCAUUGCUAAUGGCUUCAUUCUCUAGUUCAUCAAUGUAAAUCAAUGGUUUUUGGGUUUAGGAUAUUGAAUUCAAGAAUCAAUUGAUUAGAUCUCCCUCUUCUCCAACUCUUUUUCUGUUUUCUUUAAAUGGUUUGAUUGGUUUGUUAAAUGUGAAUAGUAGUUCAAACUGUGAGAUAUUCAA